CAAAAAUGUAAGACGGGAGUGCAGAGAAUGCAUACUGGUGCAGUUGAUGGAUCCAAAUUUACACAAAAGUGUGAAAUGAACAGCAAGUGGAUCUAUAUCCUUUGUCUUAUUUAUGAAGUGAUGCAACAUUCCAGCAUUAUGGAUACAGAUGCUGUUAUACUGGGUGAAGCUGCAUUACGAUUGGCAGGAAUUGCUGAAUCCUUGGCCGAUACCUCUAGGAAAUCUGGAAGAAAGUCAGACAGGUCAAAUGAAAAAACGAACAUGGACUUGAGUAAUCUAAGAAAUAGACCUGGUUUUAUGAAGAAAACCCCAGUUACACAGCUGGUCUUUGCAUAUGAAACCUUAGACAAAGCAAUCAAAGAGUUGUCAAUUUCACGUUCAAAAGGCUCUGUAACAAGUGGAGAAGUGGUGGACCACUACAUCACGAGGCUGGGUGUAAAGAGACAGCAUGAAAAUAACACAGCUGAAGUGCAGAGAUGCUCCUCCAAGUCACUCACACAUAAUGUGACGAUGAUGGAUUUACAGCUUGAGCUAAUUGUGGCUCAGCAUCGCGUGUCAGUCAAAAUCCUCAAUUGUCUACAAGUGGAUGGUGUACAGAUGAGAUCAGCUAAAAACUGCAACCAGAACAAAAACAGUGAGCCUAUACAUUUCUACACAGAAACGGAGAUAAUUGACAAUAUCAACAAGAAUAACCUGUCCAAAGCCAUAUUUUUAAUGCAGAAGGCAGUACUAUUUGCUAAGGGA